UUCUUCCCAUAUGGAGAUGCUUCAAAGUUUGCUCAACAUGCUUUCAGAACCUUUGAUAAGAAUGGCGACGGAACCAUUGACUUCAGAGAGUUCAUCUGUGCGCUCUCCAUUACUUCAAGGGGCAGCUUUGAACAGAAAUUAAACUGGGCCUUCAAUAUGUAUGACUUAGAUGGAGAUGGAAAAAUCACAAGGGUAGAGAUGCUGGAAAUUAUAGAGGCCAUUUAUAAAAUGGUGGGCACUGUGAUAAUGAUGAAAAUGAAUGAAGAUGGUCUCACACCAGAGCAACGAGUAGACAAGAUUUUCAGCAAAAUGGAUAAGAACAAAGAUGAUCAGAUUACAUUGGAUGAAUUCAAAGAAGCUGCAAAGAGUGACCCUUCCAUCGUAUUACUCCUGCAAUGUGACAUUCAGAAAUGAGCUUGUAUAAAAUGCUUUCAUGGACUGCACAGAAGUUUAAAUGUUCCAUUCAGUUUGCAGCUAUCUAAACACACACACACACAAAACAAACAAAAAUUGCUUGGACUACCUAUCAAUGGACUUGCUUCUUGUGUUUGAAACACUUGUGUGCAUGAGAAUGUCAAUUGCUAAAGAAUUUUAAAAAUAUCUAUUAUAAAACAAAAUUAUGCCACAAUGUGAUGUGUGCAAUGUCAUUUCAUAAGUCCUUUUUCCUCUGAUGCCUAUGCAGCGAUACCAUGCUGCAGAGAACUAUACUAUUUAUUGUUCAAGUUUUACUGAUGCUAGUUAUGUGUGUUCUAAACUGGAUAAUGUUAGUGACACUGAACUCCCCAUGGUAGUGUAACUGUUCAUUAGCAAGUAUGUCACCAUUCUGCUGUAUAGUAGUAGCGGACAGACUGAGGGCAGCUUUAGGAGUCUGAUCCAGUCAUGUGCUUGUAUUGUCAGUGAAUAUAAAUGUAUUUCAUUUGCAUGACUUUUAGGUUUGCCUUAAUUCUUACCUCAUUUGCAUCCUUUCUUUCAAAAAAUUAAACAAAAAAAAAGGCUCAUGUCAGAGGAAUGAAGCAUAACACUUUAAAAAAGCGAACCCCACUAAGGUGUUCCCUUAACUGAAAGUUAAACAAAUAAAUAUAGAAUAUAUAGAAUAUAUAGAACAUAGAAAUAUAGAAAAAACACAUUUUCAAUGCUGUUUUACUGGAAGUUUGAACUGUUUUGUUGGGAGUGUAUUAAUUUCUGCUUGAAAUUUUCAUAAGCUUCCAAAAAGGUUGAGAUCAAUGUCCCCAAAUAAAUUUAUAACAUUUGACUUCUCAUGUGUUUCCUUUUACACAGGUACUUUGCUGCUAGCGCUGGAAUUAAAUAGGUGAUGAAUGCUCUUUGAUAGCCAAAUAAUUCUCAGUGGAGCUUCUGUAUAUGCAUGGGGACUUCACCCAGGUGCUUACAGAACUGAGCUCCAACCAUCUUCCAUUGCAGGUAUAAUGGACAGGAGGAAUAAUCUUAAGGAACAGGAAGAAGAGCUGCAACCAAGACACAGUCAGAUAAAAGAAAUUUGAGUCC